AUGCGGGGCGCUCCAAUCGUUCUGCUCUACGCCGCCACCUUGGCGUCUGGCAUGGUCAUUACCCCCAGACAUGCUGGCGAGGCUCACAUUGCUGUCCGCGGUGGUGACGACCAUGACGGUGGUGGUACUUGGUGGGGUGGUGAUAGUGGUCAAGGCGGCGGUGGUCCCCCAGAAGAGACCACUCCCUGCGAGACUGAGACUCCGCCUGUUGAGACUCCCCCACCUAUCGAGACCAACACGCCUACUGUUCCCCCAGUUGUGACGCCCACCUCGACACCUGUUGAAACUCCCCCGCCAGUUGAGACAUCCACUCCGUGUGAGACCGACACACCUACUGUUCCCCCGGUUGUGACGCCCACUACGCCCCCAGUCGUGACACCUACGUCCACACCUGUUGAGACUCCACCGCCAGUUGAGACCUCCACUCCGUGCGAGACUGACACACCUACUACGCCCCCGGUUGUCACGCCUACCUCGACACCUGUUGAAACUCCCCCGCCAGUUGAGACCUCCACUCCGUGCGAGACUGACACACCUACUACGCCCCCGGUUGUAACACCUACCUCGACCCCGUGCGAGACUGAUACCCCAACUUUGCCUCCAACUCUGCCUCCCUAUACGACACCGACCUCAACCCCUCAUGUGACUGAUACUCCCACUGCUCCUCCUGGGAGUUCGACUCCCUGCGAGACUGAUACCCCUACCGCUCCCCCUGCGAGCUCAACUCCAUGUGACACUGACACUCCCACUGCUCCUCCUCCUGCGAGCUCAACUCCAUGUGAGACCGACACUCCUACUUCGCCUCCUCCUAUCAGCACUACGACUGGCCAGACCGAAACUCCCACCACGCCUCCCCCCGCUUCUACCACUCCCUGCGAGACCGACACUCCUACUUCGCCGCCUCCUGCGAGCUCCACCCCCUGCGAGACCGACACUCCUACUUCGCCUCCUCCUGCGAGCUCCACCCCCUGCGAGACCGACACUCCUACUUCGCCUCCUCCUAUCAGCACUACGACUGGCCAGACCGAAACUCCCACCACGCCUCCUCCCGCUUCUACCACUCCCUGCGAGACCGACACUCCUACUUCGCCUCCUCCUAUCAGCACUACGACUGGCCAGACCGAAACUCCCACCACGCCUCCUCCUGCUUCUACCACUCCCUGCGAGACCGACACUCCUACUUCGCCUCCUCCUAUCAGCACUACGACUGGCCAGACCGAAACUCCCACCACGCCUCCUCCCGCUUCUACCACUCCCUGUGAGACUGAGACCCCCACUGGCACUCCUCCUCCGGUUAUCAUAACUACCACCUACACCACUACUACCUGCCCAAUAACAUGGAGCACCGUCACAAGCGGCACGUCAACCUAUACCCACCCCGUGACCCAGACCAACACGAUCACCGUGACGUCUGUUUCUACCUGCACUGAGGGAUGCACUCAGCCCACAGCCCCGCCCGCCAAGAAUACGACUCCCCUUCCCCCGGUUGUUUCCACAACUUCUGUCGUGGUGCCUCCCCCGGCUACGGAGCCCACUAUCCCGGCUACGGAGCCCACUAUCCCGGCUACGGAGCCCACUGCUCCAGCUACUGAGCCCACUGUUCCAGCUACUACUGAGCCCACUGUUCCAGCUACUGAGCCCACUGUUCCAGCUACUACUGAGCCCACUGCUCCAGCCACUGAACCCAUUGUUCCAGCUACCGAGCCCACUAUCCCGGCUACGGAGCCCACUGCUCCAGCUACUGAGCCCACUGCUCCAGCUACUGAACCCAUUGUUCCAGCUACUGAGCCCACUGCUCCGGCUACCGAGCCCACUGCUCCGGCUACCGAGCCCACUGCUCCAGCUACCGAGUCCACUGCUCCAGGUACUCAGCCUACUGCCCCGGCACAGUCGAGCCCUGUUGUUUCUUCCACUUCCGCCCCCCCUGCUUCCUCCUCGCCGGUUUUCAAUAGUGCUCCAGCUCUGCAGAAGUCGGCCGCAGCCUUCAUCCCUGGCUUGGUUCUGCUGUUUGCCCUGCUCUAA